UUCCCCAGAGUCCUGCCUGGCUUCAUGGGGAGCAGGUCCAGAGCAUCGCCCCGGGGACUCCGUGACAACCUGCCCUUGCUCACCCUGGGACUCAGUGGGGAUUCGAAGCCACGUCACUUGUGUCCUGGAUGGGUGCCCGAAUUCGCUCUCAGGGCGAUGGCCAGGCGCAGCUGGUCGUGAUUUUGGGGUGGGCAGCGUAGCCCGGCCAUGGCUUCACCCUGUAGGUCCCGUCCCGCCUCCCCUGGGGUCCCUAGAGAAAUCAGUGACUUGUCCAUGCACAGGCCUGCGUGUGGGGCAGUCUGGGGGGGGGUGGGAGCUGCCUCUGGCAGUGCCCAGCAGCCCCCAGCUCCGGGCCAGCCGGCCAGCGAAGGCCCCAGUGCUGCAGGGGGCCGGCAGCCACAGGACAGAGCUGCCCAUGGGCAGGUGUCCUGCCCGUCCUAGCCGAGCCGUGAUGGCCACUCGUGUCGUGUGUGCCCAGCAGGCCCAGCGCAGGAGGAUGAGGCAGAGGGGCCGCCAGAGAGCACGGCGAGCCCCCUCUGCACUGCAGGAGCAGGGACCCCGGGAGAGAGCGCCGUCCCGAGGGCCCAGCUGCCCGGCCCUGCCCCAGGAGCUGCCCUGGGGCCACGCGCUGCGCACGGUGGAGCGCCUCCUGCAGCACCUUGCCCGGCACCUGGGCGAAGUCGCCAGCCUGGCGGCCUGGCGGGCUGAGUUCCCCAGUGGUGCCUCCAGCUCUGUGGACUCCUGCCCCUCCUCGCUGGGCAGCUGCCCCUGCUGCUCGGGAAGAGACGCUGCCUGGCACCUGCGGGAGUCCUGGGACACCCUGCCCCUGGCACCCCUGCCGCCUCGCCCAUGGCACCCGUUCCCUUGCCCAGGAGCAGCUGGAAACACAACACCUGCUAGCAACCCUCAGCCCCUCCCCAGGCACCCGGCUGCGGGGGCCCGGGGCCAUCGGGCGCGGAGGCCGAGGCUGCCCAUCCUGGGCCAGGUCACGCCGCGCAGCCUGGAGUUCAGCAUGCAGUGUGACCACCUGUGGGGGGCCCCGACGCCCCACAGCGAGUCCCCGGCCCCGCUGGUCCCCAGCGCGCCCACCCUGUGCCCGGGGGCUGGGGGCACCAGGGCAGGCGUCUCCUUCAGCACAAGCAGGGUCUCCUUCCGCAGCGCCGAGGGGCACGAGGAGCUGGAGUGGCAUGUUCUGAGGCAGCAGCUCCACCAGGAGCAGAACUGCCUCUGCCCAGCGUCCUACGGCACCCUGCCGCCCCUGAGCCCGCGCAGCCCCGACGCCGGGCCGGCGGGCACGGAACAGGGCUUAGAACCACACCACGGACUCCAUGGACUUUCCAAGACCCAGAGAGCUGGUGCCAGCCCCCUGCGUCCCCAGCAGAGCCAGGAGUCCCGUGUGUGCAUCCCAGCAGGCUCCCGCUCCCGGGCCGUGCUGGGCCACCUCACCUUGGCCAAGGUGGCCAGGCUGCAGCGCCAUCUGGCCAGGAAGAGCUUGGAGUGCCAGCUGGAGGCGCUGCCGCGGCUGGUGAGGUGGUCCCAGAGCCGCGCUGCCCCUGGCCCAAAAGCUGCACUGCCCAGGUCCGUCCGCCCCGGGGCCCAGGCCGGGAAGCCCCGGGGUCCGGCGUUCCCAGCCACGCCGAACGAGUCCGUCCGCAGCCUGGAGUGCAAGACCCUGGCCUCCCUCUGGGGCCUCCCCACACUGCUCACGGAGGCCCUGGCCAAAGGGCCAAGGAAGGAGGAUGCUGCUGUGGUGGGCAGCCAGAGGCCGGCAGAUGAGGACGGGCAGAGCCAGCAAGAGACACCUUGGCACAUCUGGGCCUUCCCCAGCGCCCUCCUGCAGCUGCUGAAAGCCCUCCUGCUGCCAGCGCCGGGCGAGAGGAAGCCCCAGCCCCGCACUGACGCCGUCCGGCACAGCCAGGAGCCCUGCGUGUGCGCCGUGGCACUGCCCCAUGGAGACGCCGGCCGCACCGUGCCCCACGCCCGCGCUGCCCUGGACAGGCUGAGCCCGCAGGCAGCUGCCAGGCUGCAGGCCCACGGGGCGCGGAAGUGUCUGGAGAUCAAGGCGGGGGCUUUGCCCACCGUGGUGAGUGCCUCGCAGGAAGCUGCCCCCGUGGGGAAGCCGCCGGCCCUGCCCAAGCUGCUGCACCCGGGCCAGAGACGCCGGCAGCCCCGCCCCAGCACGUGCCCGGCCCUGGAGCCGGAGGCCGCGCAGCGCGUCGAGCUCAACAUCCGGCAGAAGGGGCUGCUCUUGCUGUGGGGGCUGCCUGGCCUGUACACGCAGUCCCUGGCCCGGCUGGUCCCCAGCGCCCCCCGCCUGCCCGGCCCCCGCGCUGUGCGGCGACCAGGGCUGGAGCUCGCCGAGCAGGGCACCCCCUUCCUGAGCGCCGCCUCCCGCCGCUGCUUGGACUGGCACAUCCGCAGCAAGAAGCUGCAGCACCAGUGGGGCCUGCCCCCCCUCCUGCAGCGCUCCCUGGCAGCCUUCCUGGCCCCGGCACCCCCCCCCAGCGCCCGGCCAGCCAGGCGCCCCAGGGAGGUGGCCAUCGGCCCCCAGGAGCUGCCCUUCCUUUGCAGCAGUACCCGGAGGGAACUGGAGUCUCAUCUCAUCGCCAUGCAGGCUCAGCAUCGCUGGGGGCUGCCCGGCAGGGUCCAGGCCUCACUGCAUCGCUUCAUGCCACCUGCCCCGGGCCACGUGCCAGCCAGCCGCCCGCCCACCCCGGGCCACACAGCAUCCCGCUGCUCGCCCACCCUGGGACACGCGCCAGCCAGCCGCCCGCCCACCCCGGGCCACGCACCAGCCAGCCGCCCGCCCACCCUGGGCCACGCACCAGCCAGCCGCCCGCCCACCCCGGGCCACACAGCAUCCCGCCGCUCGCCCACCCUGGGACACGUGCCAGCCAGCCGCCCACCCACCCCGGGCCACGCACCAGCCAGCCACCCGCCCACCCUGGGCCACGCACCAGCCAGCCGCCCGCCCACCCCGGGCCACACAGCAUCCCGCCGCUCGCCCACCCUGGGCCACGCACCAGCCAGCCGCCCACCCACCCCGGGCCACGCACCAGCCAGCCGCCCGCCCACCCCGGGCCACGCACCAGCCAGUUGCCCGCCCACCCUGGGCCACGCACCAGCCAGCCGCCCACCCACCCCAGGCCACACAGCAUCCUGCCGCUCGCCCGCCCUGGGCCACGCGCCAGCCAGCCGCCCACCCACCCGAGGUCACGCGCCAGCCAGCCAACCCCCAUUCCAGCUCUACUUCAAGAAGGGUGAAUGUGCCCACUCCCUGCCGAGGGUGCCCAGCCCGGGGAAGCCAGAGGCCGCACACCCCACCUCCAAGCCUCUCCCCAGGGCAGUGGGCCUGUCGGGACCCAGGGCUGCCGGAGAGGAAGAUGGCAGUGUAGUGCAGCCCAGAGGGCAGAGUGGCUCACGGCGCUCCCCAUGGCCUGUACAGCCUGGAAUCACCUGGGGAGACACCACCCGACCCCACAGCCAUGGGGCUGCCCGCAGCCCCCGCAGGCUGGCCCUGCAGCCGGAGCUCUCCGCCAUCGCAUCCCGCAGCCCCCCCAGGCUGGCCCUGCAGCCGGAGCUCUCCGCCAUCGCAUCCCGGCGCCGGGUCCCAGGCAGGACGCGGCGCCACCCGAAGAAGCGCGUUGUCCUGAGGACGGACAGUCACCCCAAGUUAGGAGCACGGGGCAGCGAGGGCCCCUCCUGCCCCCCACAAGCCGGACACCCCCAGGGUGCCCCUGCCAGCCCCGAGUGGCUGAUCCGCUCCAUUGUGAAGUCGCUGGGCACCGAGCGGGCAGCGCGGGACCUGCAGCUGCGGCUGCUGGGCUGGGGCCCGUGGAGCGUGGAGUACCCCGUCUGCCUGCAAUGCUGCUGCUGCCUGGAGGGCACCUGCCCCCACCACCCGACGCCCCAGGGCCCCCGCGGCCCCCGCCUCGUUGUCUACCCCCAGCUGCGCCUGGGGCGGGGCCGCAGCCGCCUCCACCUGAGCCUGGGCUUUCUGCUGAGGGUCAAGAGGAAACAAGCCUGUGAGUGGCAGCUGAUCUUGGAGCCCCCUGGCAAGGUGGGGCCGGGCAGGGCCUGGGAGGGGGCACCCUGUGGGCAGCCCAGGAGCCAGCGGGGCCCAGGCGGAGCCCUGGGUGUCCAGCACCCCAGGGAGCCGCCUCCCUGCAGGGCGUGCAGCCAGGCCGCCCUGCCAAGCGCCCCACCACGCCCCACCACGCCUCACUCCGGCCUGGGGGCCCAGCGCAGGGCUCCCUCCUGCCAGCUCCACGAGGGGUCUGCCUCUGGCAGCACCACGGAGCCGCCCGGAGCCGCGGCCGCCAGGGCCCGGGAGCCCCCCCGGGACCCGAGGCCACCAAGAGACCAGAGCUGUGUCCGUGCCCCCCCCAGGGCAGUCCCAGGGGCACCAGCGCCCCAGAGCCAGUCCCGGCCAGCAGCACCACAGCGGGGAGCCAGCCCCGCGCCCCCCCUGGCCCAGGUGCCAAGAGACACCGGCCUUAAGAGACUGCUCACGUGUGUCCAGCAGGCCUGGGCCAAGCUGUGGGGCAGAGCCAAGCCCAGAACUUCCCCCCGGAGAUCAGGGGGCCCUGUGGUGCAGCCAGCCCCCAGCGGGCGCCCCCACAGCGCUAAGGUCUCCAGCUGAUCCAAGCCCUCCCUGGGGAGCAGGGCUGAAAUGGGCAGGCGCAGGGGGGAGCUACCAGCUGCCAGGGCACAGGGGGCCAGGCACCCCCCAUCCCUCCCAUCAACCUGCUCUUCUGUUCUUGAGGCCAAUAAACCCAGCUGGACCUGCGCCUGCCUGGCAUGACUUGUGCAGAGCUGCCCCGUCUGCACCAUGCGUGCCCAUCCCCCAGCUCUGCCUGGAGGAGACUCAGGCCCCUGUGUGCCAGGCAGCUUCUGCCCCAGAGCCCCUGUUCCUCGGUUCACACCCCCCUGCCACCGCCCCCAGCUCCCUGCUCCCGGCAGCCAGGGGAGAUGGGGAAACCAGCAGUGCCCUCGGGCUGGGGGUCUCUGCUGCAUGUAUGUCCCAGGGACCGCCGGGUGCAGUGUCCUAAUAGCAACCAGGGCUCGUAAGCUCCCAAGAGAGCCCGCAAAGCAUCACGCCCGCCGCGGGCAGGGCCAGGCGCCCACCCACCUGGUGCCGGUUCUGCCCAGGGCUGUCUCCCCACCGGCCACCAGGUGGCAGUGCUCCCCUGGCCCGUCCACACCUUGAUGGCACCGGGGCCGGGGCAGUGACGCCCACCGCCAGCACCGGGGCAUCUGCUCCAUUGCCAAGCCUGGCCCCAGUUAGUACCGUCCCGUCGCUGGGGGGCUGGGAGCCAGCUGCCCUGCCCCGCCCCAGAGGGGGCUGCAUCCCCACAGUGGGGAGGGGCCCAUACAGCUGCCUGGGGGGGUGGGGUGCACCCCGGUGAUAGGUGUUGUGCCCCAUG